AUGGAAGUAAACCGUCUUGCUGCUGAUAAGACAGCUGCAGCGUGCCAAAAAGUUGCUAUGCCAGAUGGAUUUAAGACCUGUGAUACAGACACUUACCCCUUUGAUGAUCCUUCUUCUGGUAUAGAUGAGGCUACUGGACUGCUGACCCUGGACACAGCAGGGAAUAAUGAGAUCACUGCAAGCUAUGAAGGGUUUGUAAAUUCAUCCCCGGCUGACUUGAAUGUUGGGCAAUCAGAUACCUCUGCUGUUAGUCCAUCCCAGGCUCCCCGUGCCGCUAAUAAUUUCCCCGGAGAUUCCCAGGUGAUGGAAUGGUUUUCCCCAGUGUCGAGCGACCAUAACUAA